CAAACCGGAAGUUGAGGUUAGUCGAGGACGCGUGAAGUCUGUGUGUGAAGUGGGCUGAAAAGCGGUGUUCGAAAGAGAUAGCCAGGUUUUUGAGUGCUGUUUGUUUACAUGCGUUGCGAACGGCGGUGUUGACGCUUCAGCACGUCGACGAGUUCCAACUGUUUCACGCGCGUCAACGGAACAACAAUGUCCUAAAAUAAUCAGGAUGCCGCUUGUUAUCAACGGAGCGGUUGUGGAACAGUUGCCCCCAGACACACGGACACUGCUUGACUCCUAUCCCCAGUUCAAGGAAAUUGCGGCAGCACUCAUCUCACAAGUGCCUAAGGUGAUCGGUCCCCUGGGACUUCUCUACGUGAACCAGCGGGAGUUAGCGGUCACGGUACCACAAGACAAAAAUGUCAGUGUUUUGGGAACAGACGAGGCAACGACGUGUCUCAUGGCGAUCGUGCGCCACACCGGGUCCGGUGCGGUGUCCUUGGCCCACUUUGACGGCUCCGGUCUGGAGCAAGGCGCCGCCGCAAUGGUUCGCAGGGUCCAAGAACUCUCCUUGCCGAUUCCAGAGGGCAGCUGUAAAAACAAACUGCCUACCUUUGCCGGUGUUUGA